GUAGAGUCACACAGAUUCUGGGAAUUGUAUUUAGGUCUCGCUGAAGGUAGUUACGAUGUAGUGAUCGAUAAUAUUAUGUUGUCUUCGCACAAAUUAGCCUGAUCGACUGAAAUGUUCUGUCUGAAAGGUGUUUUGUCGUUUUGGACUUUCUGUCAAGUCCUCAGACAAGCAUGGUCUGAGGAUGAGCUCUCACCUCCACGGGACGUGCGUGUCGACUCUGCUGCUGUGCGUUGGAGCCCUGCCACAGACAGCCCAGGGAUCAAGUACACGGUUCAGUCCCGGAUCAGUGACGGGGACAAGUGGCACAACGUUUUGGGCUGUGUUCAGACAGAGCUCACCACCUGUAAUGAAGUGUCCGGGCAGGGAUGUGUGAUGGUGCGUGUCUGGGCUCAGGAAGGGAACCGCACAUCCAGAGCCGUUCAAGCCUGUAGCCACGCUGAUUCUUGCAGCCCUGUAGUUCAGUUGACCCCCGGGGCAGGACUUCUGAUGGUCCACAUGGAGAAGAACAGACUAUUGGAGAAUUAUGGGGACCAUUUUCAAUACAAGGCCAACUACGGCAGAGCGGGGGAGAAGCUCAUCAAUCGUAGCUACUUCAGCUCCUCUAAGACCAUCAAAGGUCUGGAUGUGGGCCUGAGGUACUGUGUACAGGUCCAGUAUGAAUGUUACAACAAAGCCUUUGGAACUCCCAGCACUCAACAUUGUGUGUCCAUCCCAGAGUCAGAAAGGACAUGGCAAACCAGGACUGUGGCGAUCGGUGUGACCUUGACCAUCCUGUUGGGUGUCUUGGUAGGGGGCCUUGCGUUCUUCAUCUACAGGCACCAUAAUAAAAUCAAACAGUUCCUUCAGCCCCCACUGCGUCUACCAGAUCACUAUUUUGAGUACCUGUCAGGGGUUUUCCCCCAGCAGGCCCUGUCCCUCCAAACCAGUGCCUGUGAAGAACGCCACGAUCGCAUCUCCAUCGUCUGUCCUGAAGAGGAUCUGUCGGACUUCUGUCUGGGUCCUGAUUCCGACAGAGAACAGGAUUAUAACUCACCUAAUGGACUGGACUCAUCCUCUGGCUUAUUAGAUCAUUACAAGUGAUCCAUCGAUCCUGUGACUACAGACAGGAUUUGAGAUGAACUUGAUAGCGUCAGUAGAUGAACUAUAGUAGAUCUGCCUACUGGGUUGUUUCCAACCACGAAGGCCUUGCUUGCAUCAGCUACCAACAUUAUUGUUGAUCAAAAUAAAACAAUAAAGUAGACUUCUGUGGCUGUUUUUUAUGUGCUCUGCAGCAGAGGCCAGAGAAAUAUGCCUGUGUCUUGGUAAUUACACAACCCAGUGAUGACUGGAUAUUCAUUGGAUAAUAAUGGGUGCAAUCAGGUAGUUCAGCUUAAAAUAGAACCACUAUACAUUUCUAAUUCAUUUUUGAAAAGUGCAUUGCCAAGGUUUUGUUUUGUUGUGGAAAAUUAAGAAAGUGUCCUUGGGCCAGGACUUAAAUAUAGUAUUUUUGUUUGUAACAUUAGUGCUGUGUAUUACAAAGCUGUACAUAUCACACUUUCUUAGUAUUAAAAAAAGCGUUAGAAAGUUUAAUGGGAUACUUUGGGAUGUAGGCUAUGUCUUAAGUGUAAAAGUUGAAAACAAUAUAAAUAAAUUGUCCUCGUACUGA